CUCCCAUCCCAUCCCAUCCCAUCCCAUCCCAUCCCAUCCCGUCCAGCAAUUCGCCAGGCGGCACACUCCCCCACACCCAACGGCCCCGCUGCCCGAAAUGUACGCCUCCUUCACCUCCGAGCAAACAAGCGACGGCACUCCGCUCUCGGACUCGUCCUAUCCCGCCUUCAAUCCGCUGGCUACCGAUCAGCCCUUUGCCGACAUGUCGUCAUCGUCACAUCCCUCCGAGCCCUUGGACUCGUCGUACCUGGCCCAGGGCACCGCCGCCGAGUCUCAGUCCUUUUACGGAGCCACGGUCGGCCACGGCGAUAUUCAACCCCCCGUCGCCAAGACGACUUUCUGCUGCAACCUGGAUCGUGUGCUGAGUUCACUUCCGCGGUCAACAUUCCGCCCCCUGGUCGUCAAUGUUCCGCUGGAUAAGCAGGCCCAGCCCGCUAUCACCAUCGUCGACGCCGUCAAGACCAGCGAAGUCGGCGGUGGCUCCUACAUCGCCUACGUCAUCCGCACCGACAUCCCCAGCCAAAACAUCCGGUACGAGAGUCGCCACCGAUACUCCGAAUUUGAAGCGCUGCGCUCGCUCCUGAGCAGAAUCCACUACAUGGCCGUCAUCCCGCCCAUCCCCGAGAAGCACAGCAUCGGCGACUAUGCCACCAAGCAAGCCAAGGCCAAGGAGGACAAGGCCAUCAUCGAAAAGCGCAAGCGGAUGCUCCAAUCGUUUCUCAACCGGGUGGCGACCCAUCCGCUCCUGGUGCGCGAGCACGUUUUCCACCAGUUCCUCGAGGAUCCCGAGGCAACUUGGAGCACUAUCUUGUCGGCAUCCGAACACGCCAACCUGGGUCGCCGAAAGGACAAGUCUCCCAUCUCGAUGCUGACCGAUAAGCGGAAUCUCGACAUUCCUGACCCGCACUUUGUGGCCUCGGAGGAGUACACCCUCAAGUUCUCGGCACAUAUCGCACAGACCCACAAGCACCAGAAAAAGAUCACCAAGCUGCAGCAAGAUGUCGCCCAGCAGCUCGCCGAGCUGGGUGCUGUAUACAAUGGCUGGUCGCUUACCGAACACACUCUUGCCGCUGCACUCGAGAGCGUCGGCGCAGCCACGGACACCACCGCCGCAGCCACGGGUCAGCUUGCCAAGUCGCUCGAGGAAGCCGUGACCGAGCCUAUCCAGGAGUACGUGCAGUUCUCUGGUGCAAUCGAAAAGCUGCUGCGAUGGAGGCACACACAGCACUGCGAAUAUGAAAGCACGAUCGAGUCGCUGACCUCCAAGGAGGGCCAACUGACUCGGCUCGAGGCCUCCGAGCACGAAGCUCAGCGCCUCACCGCUGUGCUCAAUGCCGAAGGCUCUUGGGGCCCCGCCAGACCACCGUCGCCAGUGCCCAAUAGCGCUGGUGCCAGCACUGAGCCCAAGGGCGGCAUCCUCAAGACACUCAACUCCCUGAUCGACAACGAUCCCGAGGCCACUCGCCGCAACAACAUCUCCAAGCUCAAGGACCGCAUCACCCACCUCAAGGAGCAGGAAAAGGUCACGCUGCAGGAGCUCAACAUCGGCAACGAGCAGGUCCAGAAAGACCUCGAUCGCUUCCAGCGCUGCAAGAUCGAGGAUGUCCGAUCAAUCCUGCUAUCGUACGCGAUCGCCCAACGCGACUAUCACCGGAGGGCUGCUGCGGCUUGGAGCGAUGCCAAGAUCGACAUUGAGCAGAUCCACUCGGGCUCCUCAUAAGCUAUGCUCAGCAUAGAAUCCCCCCCCCAAUCUUGUGCGGGGACGCCGCUCUGCUUCGUAGCGCAACAUCACCAGAGGUUUGGCUGGCAGCGCAGCCACCAAAGGAACAAG